CAAUCCUUGCUAUACUUUCUCCAUUUGCUCUUCCCUCCUUCAUUUCUCUCUUCUUCUUUUCUUCUAUUUUUCUAUAUACACCAACAAAAAAAAAAAAAAAAGGCAAAACCAAAGCCCCAAACCUAAAAAAUAGAGGCAAAAAAUUCAUUCAUCUUUGAUCAGAACAGAGAUCAAAAGAAAGAACCCACAUUCCUAUUUUUCAUUUUAAUUUUUUUGAAUUCUCAAUAUUGAAAUUGGAAAAGAUAGUCCUUUUUUUUCUUCUCUCUUUUUUCCCUCCCACCUUUCUGUUCCUCCUCUAUAACUGCCCCUCCAUUUUCUCCAUCAUGCAUUAACUUCCCUUCACGGGCGAACCCCUGUUUGUUUCUUGCAUUCUACAUACACGUAGAGAAAUCCCAAUUUGCCAAAAGGGCAGUUUUUUUUUUAAUUUAGGCAUGCAAUGUUGGUUGUCUCUGAAGCCAAAUUUUGGUUGAUGAAAUUCUUUUGACAAGAAAGUUUCUUUCUUUUUCUUUUCUUUUUUGGGAUAAAGGAUCAAGAUUGGAUUUUUUUGGUUUCUUUUUCUUGCUGGGUCUUUUUUUUUCUUUUGAGGAGAGUAAUGGCGACAGAAGAAUUGCUGCAGUUUUCUGUGGCUUCUAUGGUGGAGAAUGUUCUCCAACAGCAUGGGAAGCGGCUUUAUGACAUUGAUUUGGCUUCAAGAAAGGCAGAGGAAGCUGCAUUGAGAAGAAAUGAAGCGGCUGGCUGGUUAAGAAAGACAGUUGGAGUAGUUGGAGGUAAGGAUUUGCCUGCACAGCCUUCAGAAGAAGAGUUUCUACAGGGAUUGCGAAGUGGGAUUAUACUUUGCAAUGUGCUUAACAAGGUUCAGCCUGGUGCUGUGCAAAAAGUGAUUGAAGCGCCUUCUGAUACUGUUAUCAUUCCUGAUGGGGCAGCUCUUUCCGCUUAUCAGUACUUCGAAAAUGUUAGGAAUUUUCUUGUAGCUAUAGAGGACAUGGGACUGCCUACUUUUGAAGCUUCUGAUUUGGAACAGGGAGGAAAAACUUCCAGAGUAGUAAAUUGUGUGCUAGCGUUAAAGUCAUACAGUGACUGGAAACAUGGAGGUGGGAUUGGAUUGUGGAAAUUUGGAAGUGUCAAAGCCACUGCUUCCGGGAAGCAAUUUGUAUUGAAGAAUUCUGAACCUUUCAUGAACUCAAUAUCAAGAACUUCAUCUAGUGAGAAGUCCCUUGAGAGGUCUGCUAGUGAACAGUUAUUGCUCAAUGAUUUUGGGUCAGAAAAUGGUGAAAUGGGUAAUCUUUCUUUAAAUACCUUUGUCCGGGGUGUUCUUUCUGAUAAGAGACAAGAAGAGAUCCCAAUGGUUGUGGAAAACAUUCUAAGUAAACUUAUGGAGGAAUUUGAACGACGAUUAGCGACACAAAGUAAUCAAGUAAAUGCACCAUGUUCUAAUGGAUCUCUUACCCCGAUAAAAUCACCAUGUUCUAAUGGAACUCUCACACAAACCUCUGCUGCUGAGAUGGAAAUUUGCACACCGUCAACAACAUAUGAAGAAAAUGGUCCCCGAGAGAUAAACACUGAAGAAAAUAUGCACACCGUCUACAACAAUGGCAAUUUGAACACCCAAAUCCAGAGGCAGUUGUUUUUAGUCGAGAAACAGCAUGGCGAGAUUCAGGUAUUAAAGUCUACGAUGCUAUUGACAAAAGCAGACUUGAAGAAUCUGCAAAUGAAGUACAAUGAGGAAAUCAACUAUCUAGGGGCACACCUUCGUAGCCUCGCUCAUGCUGCUUCAGGUUACCAGAGAGUUUUAGAGGAAAAUCGGAAGCUUUACAAUCAAGUGCAGGACUUGAAAGGAAACAUAAGAGUAUACUGUCGUGUAAGACCUUUACAUGGGCAAGUCAGGGGAUUCGGUUCUGUGGAACACUUGGAUGAAGGGAGUAUUACAAUCACUACUCCUUCAAAGUAUGGAAAAGAAGGGAAAAAAUCAUUCACUUUCAACAGGGUUUUUGGUCCGUCUGCAAGCCAAGAAGAAGUAUUUUCCGACACCCAACCUUUGAUCCGAUCUGUCCUUGAUGGUUUCAAUGUGUGUAUAUUUGCAUAUGGUCAAACAGGAUCUGGAAAAACACACACAAUGAGUGGACCUGAUGUUCUUACACCGGAGACCAUGGGUGUGAAUUACAGGGCAUUGAACGAUUUAUUUCUGAUCUCAGAACAGAGAAAAGAUAUCUUCUUGUAUGAUGUAUCUGUUCAGAUGAUCGAAAUUUACAAUGAACAAGUCAGAGAUCUUCUGGCGACUGAUGGCCUUAAUAAAAGAUUAGAAAUCCGAAACAGUUCCCAAAGCGGUCUAAAUGUGCCGGAUGCAAACCUUGUAACUGUAACAUCUACCUCUGAUGUUAUUAAUUUGAUGAACCUUGGACAGAAAAACCGUGCAGUUGGUUCGACAGCUAUGAAUGAUCGCAGUAGUCGUUCUCAUAGCUGCCUUACUGUUCAUGUUCAAGGGAGAGACUUGGCUUCUGGUGCAGUUCUUCGUGGUUGUAUGCAUCUUGUCGACCUGGCCGGAAGUGAAAGAGUUGACAAAUCCGAGGCAGUAGGUGAGCGAUUGAAAGAGGCUCAACAUAUAAAUAAGUCUCUUUCCGCUCUUGGUGAUGUUAUUGCUUCUCUUGCCCAAAAGAAUUCACAUGUUCCAUACAGGAACAGUAAGCUCACGCAAUUGCUCCAAGAUUCACUUGGUGGGCAAGCGAAAACUCUUAUGUUUGUUCACAUCAGUCCAGAAUAUGAUGCGAUAGGAGAAACACUAAGUACUCUUAAAUUUGCUGAACGGGUUUCUUCAGUUGAGCUUGGCGCUGCUCGAGCAAACAAAGAGACUGCUGAAGUGAAGGAUCUAAAAGAACAGAUUGCUAAUCUCAAGGCAGCUUUGGCAAAGAAGGACGGUGAAGCUAUGCGCACUCCAAAUUCCUUAUCUACCAUGUCGUCUGCCGGGUCUUCACCUUCACGUUAUAGUUGGCAGAGUUUGAAUAUCUCUAGUGAUAACUUGGAGAUGAAGAACAGCUCAUCGAAGCCCAAGAGGAGAAGCCUAGAUCUCCAGGACUUGUUGCUAUCACCCCCUUGGCCGAAUGUUGGAAGCUCCCCCGGCUCAAAGGAUUAUGAGAAAGAAGCUAUUAAUGGUGACUGGGUGGAUAAAGUCAUGGUUAACAAGCAAGAUGGUGAUAGGAGAGACAGCCUAGGAUCAUGGGAAGAUGAUGCUUCUACAAGACAGUCCCCUGACACGUUCUACCAGAAGCUCAAUGGUCGAAAUCAGGUAGUCACUGAUGAUUCAGAUGAGCUAGAAGCUACAACAAGUGAUUCUUCUGAGCAGGAUUUCCAUUGGCAAUCCAACAAUGCUCAGAAAGCAAGUAGCAUCCCCAACGGGAUCGGAUCAAAGUUGAAAAGACCUAGCUUGAAGCAUGCAAGGACUAUGGAAAUAAAGAGUUCGAUACCACCGCCACCCACAAGAAGACUGUCCACUUCUCCAUCAUUGCCUAAGUUGACAGGGAGACAAGCAUUUUCUGCAGAUGGCAAAAGAAAACCAUUGAGUGGAAAGUGAGCAAAACUGCAGCUUUGGGAUAUUAGCAAGGGCAGAAAGAGAAAUGCACAGCCCUUUCUUCCCUUUUUUUUUUGUUUUUGUUUUUUUUUUUUGUUUUUUUGUAAAUAUAAGCUUUCUUGGGGGAAUUUGUUAAUGCACAGAAGCAAAGAACAGAGGUGAAAAUAGUCCCCUGAAAGAAAAAUUGGGGAAACAAAAGAAAAUGAAAGGAAACAGAAAAAGUUGAAUUAGUUUCAGGGAGUGAUCAGUGGUGAUCUUGGAUAAAUUUUUGGUGGCUCACUGGUGAGUGUUGUACAGUUGUUUGGUUAGUUCUGUGGAUUUCUCUUAUUUUUGCUUUUCUUUUUGUUACUUUUAAUUAUUCUUUUAUUUUUAUCGAAAUUUGAAAAGAAAUAAAUGAAAAGAAGACAACAAGGUUUAUACAAAAAC